AUGUCCCCUUAUCAGUUGGUCUAUGGUAAAGUCUGUCACUUACUAAUUGAGUUGGAGCAUGGAGCAUACUGGGCGAUCAAGUUUCUGAACUUCGAUGCUCAAGCUGCAGGAAUAAAGAGGAUGCUUCAACUGAAUGAGCUUGAUGAAUUCAGAUAUUCUGCCUAUGAGAAUGCCAAGUUCUAUAAAGAGAGAACCAAUAUAUGGCAUGACAAGAAGAUUGCCAUCCGAGUCUUUCAGCCAUGUCAGAGAGUGCUUCUAUUCAAUUCAAGGCUCAAACUCUUUCCCGAGAAGCUAAAAUCCCGAUGGUCAAGACCGUUUAUAGUAACUAGAGUAUCACCGUAUGGUCAUGUGGAAAUUCAGGAAGAGAAUUCUGACCGAAGGUAUUUCCUGGCUGAAUUUGAGGAGCUAGAGCAAAAGUCUGAUUCAGAGACAGAAAAAGCACUGCAGAUGUUGUUCGGAUCUGACCUUCUUGCACUCAGAAGAGCUUCUCCAGAGCUACAAAAGUCCUAA